CCCUACCCUCCUAUCUUCUCCCAGCCUCUCUCCCCUUCUCCCUCUCAUCCCCAACCCUUCUCUUCCUUCCUCUUCCACCCUUCUCCCUUCCCUCUCCAUCCCUCCCCUCUCCAAGCCUCCCCCAGCCUCUCUCUCUCUCUCUCUCUCUCUCUCACUCGGCAUUUGACAGUAGCAAGGCAGGAAGGUAGGAAGAAAGACAGGGUGCAUUGCCAGCAGGAUGUGUCAGCAGCGGCGGAAGAAUCACCACCGAUCCACUGUGUCCUUCCACCAAGCCCCGCCCUACCUCAGGACCAACCCCUACAUCAUUAAGGGAUACCGUGCCAACCUCUCCACCCUGCAGUGCUUCAGAAGUCUCUUCUCCUGGAACAAUGAGACCCUGAAUGUGUGGUCUCACCUGGCUGGCUUCCUGGUGUUUCUCGGCCUGCUGGUGUACGACGUGGUGUUUGUGUUUCACCAAUACCGGGGCACUCGCCAUGACGCGCUGGUGGUGGCCUUCGUCCUAGUAUCCUUCAUGGUGUGUAUGCUGCUCUCCUCGCUCUAUCACACACUCAACUGUCGCUCGGAGGAGUCCUGUCGACGCUGGCUCUCCUACGAUAUAUUUGGGAUUUCCGCGUCCUUCCUCGCCAUCUUCCUCAGCGGCAUUUAUUAUGGUUUCUGGUGCCCUGAGUACCUGAGCAUAAGGAACACCUACAUGGCACUGGUUGGCUGUCUCUUCUUCGGAGCGAUGAUUUUUCUCCUCAAUCCUCGGUUGAUGGGGUCAGAGUGGGACAACACCAGGGUCGCGCUGUUCACUGGCUGGGCGAUCUCUGGCCUGCUUCCGCUCGCACACUGGAUGUACAUUCAUGGCGGCCUCGGACAUGGCAUUGUGCAGGUGUUCCUUCCUCGCAUCAUCAUCAUGUACAUCAUCAGCGGGGCGGCCAUGUUUGUGUACCUGGGCAAGAUUCCUGAGAGGUAUUUCCCAGGUCGGUUUGACAUAGUGGGUGCCUCUCACCAGCUGUGGCACCUCAUCGUGGUGGUGGCACUCUUCUACUGGCACCAGACUGGCCUGCUCUAUGCCAAGUUCAGGCUGACCUAUGGCUGCCGCACUGACCCCCUGGAUUUGUGAGGUCACACACACACGCACACACAUACAUGCUCUCUUGCUUUGACUGUUUUCUAAGGUCACAGAGAUAAGUACACACACACACACACACACACACACACACAGUAAGGGUUGUAGUGUUAAGAGGAAGUGCAGCUCAAUAUCUCAAUAAAUAAAGACAGUCUUCCAUUAUAAGCCUACCUCAUCAUUGUGUUGUUUGUUGUGUUAUGAGGAGUGGAGAAUUUGUUGUGGCUUGGUGAAGUUUUGGUUGGGUUAAGUUUGUGGUGAGGUUGGUGAAGUUAGGUUGGGUUAAGUUUGUGGUGAGGUUGUGAUUACUUGUUUAUUUCUCUCUCUAUCUCUCUCUCUCUCAAUGACCUUUUCUUUAUUUAAUGGGAUGAUAUUGGAGUGUGUGUGUGUGGUGUUUGAGUGAGAUAGUGGCAGUGUUAGGGAGGACAUGGUGUUCCUGGUGAUGGUGUUGGUAGCUAUUGGUGUGACUCCUGCUGUGGUGGUGUGGUGCUGUGAUGGGUGUAGUGGUGUUGUGGUGGUGUCUCAGGUCAUCAGCAGAGCAAUAAUAAUGUGCAAUGUUCACUAUCUUUAAUUUGUAGUGUUUGUGUGUGUGUGUGUGUGUGUGUGUGUGUGUGUGUGUGUGUGAAUCUUAUCAUUGUUUAAAUAGCCUAAGUCAUUUUUUUAAUUAUGUUGUUAUCUUGUUACAAUUUUUAGUAUUGAAUUCAUAACUCAUCAUUUAUACACAAAAUAAAAUAAAGAUCUACAAUGAUA